AGAUGUGAUAUGGAAUAAAUCUAAAAUGUACCGGAAAAUAAUAUUAUUUAUUUUAAUAAUAACAAUAUCAGUAACAUCCGGUGAUAAUAUAUUUAAAACCGGGAAGAAAUACGAGUAUUCAUAUUUCGCAGAGUCUAACUCUGGCGUGUUAUCACCCUCAAAAGCUUCAUCGUCAUGGGGUAUGGAGGGUAAAUUUAUUGUUAAAACAUCUAAUAAUAUUGCGCAAAUGCAGUUGACUGAUUUAAAAACUUUUAUAUGGAAUGGAAAAAACGUCGAAGAGCCAAAUCUUGUUGAGGUCAAAGAUCAAGCUGCGGAACUUCUAAAGCCCUUCCAAAUAAUCUAUUCCAAUGGAACAGUUACUAAUUUUAGUGUUGAAAUAGAUUCUACUUGGGCGAUAAAUAUUCAACGGAGUAUUGCUAGUAUUUUUCAGUUUGAUUUAAAUAUUUUACAAAAAGAAGUUGCCUUUCAUUCACAAGAAGACUCACAUUACGGAAAAUGUAACAUUGAAAAUAUCGUAACAAUCAAAUCAGACAAUGAAUUAUGGGUAAGAAAAUAUUUUGACCCGCGUACUUGUUCUGGUCAUCCUCAUUGGACAUGGACCAAUGUACCACGAAUGCGAUGCCCGACUGGAGAUGAAAGUCCAAUUAUAAAAUCAAGCGAACGAUUAUACAAAGUUAAAUUAGACGGUAAUGACACUGAAAUAACAUUCAUAAAUGCUACGGGUGGAGUUUAUGUUCAGCCAUUUAAAAAUAUGUACGAGUCACAAUUUUUAUUUACAAGACAAAUUUUUAAGCUGAUUGACGUUACGGAUUUCAAUGGUGAUUUAUCAAACGAUAAAUUACGUCAAGUCAGUUUACUACAUGAGCUUCCUGAUAAUGAUUUAUCACAGGAAAGAUAUACGCACGAAAAAGAACACAUUUUUAAAUCAAUUUCUGUCCUACUAGAUCGAUUGAGCCAACGACUAGAGAACCCAGGACUAGACACUGAGAUAAAUAAUUUGCACAAUACAACAAUAUCUAUUCUGCUGUACUAUCUCAGUAAAUUUGACCGCGUAGAUUUACAAACGGCUUACAAGAACAUUUCCGGUACAAGUUACAAAGAAGAAACAAUCAGAAAUAUGUUUCUUGAACUAGUACCGCAAAUAGGUACCAAAGACUCCGCGUUGUUUGUAAUGGACUUAAUUCAGCAGAAAAAAGUAUCUGACAUUACAGCGAUGCAAUUGUUGACGCAAUUGCCGUUUCAUAUUCGCAAGCCAGACGUUGAAUUUUUAGACAAAAUGAAAACACUGAUUGAUUUGCCGGAAAAAUUGUCCGCGGAAGUACGCAAUACGGGCAUUCUCACUUUUGGAACGCUCAUUUAUAAGACAUGCUUCAUUCAUUGUCCUGAUGAAGUACUGGAUGACUAUGUACGGCUUUACAUGGACAAGUUUACGGAAAGUGAUAGUUAUAAUAGGAAGAUGAUAUGGUUAGAAGGACUUGCUAAUAUACAGCUAGGUAAAGUUGUUGAAUUUUUGGAACCAAUUGCCAUUGGGAGCAAUGAAGAGUCACGACAUUUACGCGUGCUUGCUGCUUGGGCGUCAUUACCUACUGCUCGUGAUAGACCAGAUAUUAUUUAUCGAGCUUACUGGCCAAUACUUGCUAAUCGCACAGAAUACUUGGAAAUGCGUAUAGCUGCGUUGCAAUUAUUAAUUGAGUCAAACCCAACAUCUAAUCGCAUCAUUUCACUUUAUUGGUACAUGCAAGGAGAGUCUGAUUUACAUUUAGUUAAUUAUUUUUAUACGACAUUAAAAUCUAUGGAGAGAACUAAUUUUCCUUGUUACAAACACAUUGGAUCUGUAGCGACACAAUUCUCACGUAUUCUCAAAAAACCUGAAAGCGACGAGCAUAUUAUUACUGGAAAUUACAUAUUUGAUUACCAAGAUAUGAAACGUAACUUUGGUGCAAUGGUACAAAAUAUUAUUAUAGCGAGUCCAUUGUCUAACAUACCAGAGAUUGCUUAUAUUACAUUAAACAGUCACGGAAGUGGUACACACUUCAAUCAAAUUGCCAUAGAAAUAAAAGCCACUGGAUUAAUUCAUUCAUUAUCGCACUACUUGGAGAGUUUUGUUAGAAUAAAAGACAUUUUGAAAGAGUUUAAAUUAGAUGAUAGAUCUUUCGAUUCGCCUCAUAUUGAAAUAAUAGCACGCGUUCAACAAAAAGCUGUUUUUUGUUUGCAUUUUAAUAAAACAAAUAUUGACAGCGCGCUAGCAUAUUUAAGAUCAUUACCAGAAAAUACUUAUCAAAUUUAUCAAAAUAUGGAGUUUCAUGUAAACCAACAGCGAAUUAAUAUACCAUUAACAAUGGAAUCAAUUCAAGUGACUGAUUUAGGAACAAAUGUAAGACUUGCUGCUACAGCUAAUUCAUUAUUUUCAAUGAGAGGAAACUUUACAUAUUUAUUCAACGGGCGUAACAAUCACGUUAUUUUACGCACAGUUAUUCACGGUACUGAAGUAGUUGAAACUUACAAUCCAUUGAUUGAUGUUUGGCAUUCUGCUGAACGUUCUCAAUCAAUCCACGGAUAUCUUCCUACCAAUGUUACUGUAGGGAUUCAAGAAAAAUUAUUUUUAUCUUACAAUACACCUACUGAGUAUUUACAAACCGGUUUGACUGCACAUGCUCGAACAAUAACUACUGUUAGAGGCAUUAAAGCUGCACAGAAAUUAAAAGCUAUUUGUCAGCAUUGCCCAAGUUUGUAUACAGUAAAAAAAUAUCCGCAUGAAGAUUUACAGAAUGCAGUUGUUCUCAAUUCAGUUUUGUCGGAACUUGGAGGGCAAUUACAAGUAAAAGUAUUUGAUUGUGAUCGGGAAAUUGCACAAGAUGAAUUAUUUAAUGAUAUCUGGUCAUCACAUAGGAGUAAUUAUCAGUCUUGGUCAGGAGCUAAACUAUUACUUCUAGGGAUUCAUUUUUUGGAUUACUUCAGUUAUGUACCACCUAGAGGAAGUUGUGGUGUAGCGCUUUAUAUCGAACCAUCAAAUAUUCAACCCUCAGAGGUGAAAUUUGAAUUUGCCAAAAAUGGCAAGAAUUACGUGCUCUCUUUAACGCGAAGCGAGUUAGGAAGUCUAAAAGUAUUGCAACAAUGGAAUUUUGCGGCUCUUUAUGAGUCCAAGACCUGGGUCUCUGAUUCUCUGAAGAUAAAAGCUAGUAGAACUGAGCCUGGAGAAAAAGUUAUGAAGGUUUGUGUAGAGAUAGAACGAAUCAUGCCAUGGACCUGGGACUAUUUCAGUCUUAAGCCCAGUGAUCAAGCUUCGAUAAACUUAAAUAUAAUAUGGGGAGUCUCUGAAAGUGCUAAAGGCAAAUGUUCCGGUUCAUCAUUAUUCUUAAAUAUGGUCGGAGAAGUUAGUAAAGACCAAAUUGAAGAAAGUAAGAAAGAUAAGUGGCCUUACAAUCAGUGUCGUAGACAAUCAAGUGGGAAAUCUGUUGUACCUUACACUGAAGCUUGUUAUCAAGCUUCCAGAGAAUUAUCAACGCUGAGAAAAUACCAAGUUUUUGUUAAAUCUGAAAAUUUACCAGAGAAGAUAGAGGCUUUAAUUUGGAGAUUAAGAGCUCUGUAUGACUUUAUUGGCGGCAACAGCAGCUAUUUAGCGAAUUCAGAGCAAUUUGUUGUUGGUGCGACGUUCCCCAAAGACAGUACAAGAGCUGAAAUGCGUGUCAAUCGCAGCAAGCUGCCGAUUAAAUACGAUCUUGAUAUAGUUGAUAUGCUUUUGACGCGCACUAGAUUACAUAGAUACAUUGACAAUGCUUUUCUUCGCGCGUUUUUCAGUUUUUGUGUUAUAACGCCUGAUAUGAUUCAAUCAGCUCACAAUGUAACGCGUAGAGUAGAAAAGGGCCGUGAAUUUUUAGUACUCGGCCAGUGUUACGAUGAAAAUCCAGGGUUCGCUUUGACAGCAAUCAGCUCAAAUGAAGGAGUUACUUUAAAUAUUAAUGAUGAUAGUAAUAAUAUUAAAAUAGCACCAGAAAAUGGUGGGACAGUUUAUAAUUUUACAGAUCAAUUGCCAUUGACUAAAGACUUUGAAUGGAAUUUUGUUAAUGAUAAAAGAUUUAGGCUUGACAAAAAUUCAGUCCACAUUCUUCUGAGUAAUAACAUUCCAUUUAUUCAUUUCACAAAAGAUCAAAUAUUGAUAUUUUUCCCAAAUUAUAUUCAAGAAUUCACCUGUGGAGUUUGUACUGCAAGAAGAUUUGACGAUUUGAAUUUGUAUGAAAAAAUUUAA